UCUUCUCUGCGUUCAGCCCCUUAAUACUUAUAGCAGCUCAGUCUGUACCCCUUUUUCUUUUUUUUUGUAAUUUUCCCCCUUUUUUUUUAAACAUAUUUUUCUUCCUGAUUUGAUUUGAUUUUGAUACAAAUUUUUGGGUGCCGCUCACAGUCUUCAAAUUCCAAUGAGUCGGAAUCCCAUCCGCAGCAUAUGAUUUGAGCCAUUGCGAGAGGGAUUCCUCGUCGAAUCGGAUGCAGAAUUAGGGUUUCUCACUGUGUAUAAGAAAACCUUUGUGCUUGAUAUCUGUCGGGAUUGUUGUCGGGUUCUUGCUGCCCCGUUCCCGCGGAUCUAGGGUUAGGUUAGAUCGUGUCUAAAUGGACAGCAAGAAGGUGGCGGUGCCGCUGGUGUGCCACGGCCACUCCCGGCCGGUCGUCGAUCUGUUCUACAGUCCGAUCACGCCUGACGGUUUCUUCCUCAUUAGUGCCAGCAAAGAUUCUAAUCCAAUGCUGAGAAAUGGGGAGACUGGAGAUUGGAUUGGCACAUUUGAGGGGCAUAAAGGUGCAGUCUGGAGCUGCUGCCUCGAUAACAAUGCUCUACGUGCUGCGUCUGGUUCUGCAGAUUUUACUGCGAAAUUGUGGGAUGCUUUGACGGGAGAUGUGUUGCAUUCUUUUGAUCACAAGCACAUAGUCCGGGCAUGUGCCUUCUCCGAGGAUACUCACCAUCUGCUGACUGGCGGUUUUGAGAAAAUUCUCCGCAUAUUUGACUUGAACCGUCCAGAUGCUCCUCCAAGAGAAGUGGACAAUUCUCCGGGCUCAAUUAGGACUGUUGCUUGGCUUCACAGUGAUCAGACCAUAUUAAGUUCCUGCUCUGAAAUUGGUGGCGUGAGGUUAUGGGAUGUAAGAAGUGGUAAAAUUGUUCAGACAUUGGAUACAAAAUCUCCAGUUACAAGUGCUGAAGUGAGUCAGGAUGGCCGCUACAUAACUACUGCUGAUGGGUCUACUGUUAAGUUUUGGGAUGCCAAUCACUUUGGAUUGGUGAAGAGCUAUAACAUGCCCUGCCCUGUGGAAUCAGCUUCAUUGGAGCCAAAGUUUGGUAAUAAGUUCAUUGCCGGAGGAGAAGACAUGUGGGUUCAUGUUUUUGACUUCCAUACUGGAGAAGAAAUUGGAUGCAACAAAGGUCACCACGGUCCAGUUCACUGUGUUAGAUUUUCCCCAGGAGGGGAGUCCUAUGCUUCGGGAUCCGAAGACGGGACCAUAAGAAUAUGGCAGACUGGGCCAGCAAAUAAUGCAGAGAGUGAUGCCCAGUCUGGUAAUGGUCCAAUUACAACUGGUAAAGCAAAGGUCGGGGCUGAUGACGUUACCCGUAAGAUGGAGGAUAUUCAGAUUAGCAAAGUAGGAAAGACUGGAGAGAGAGAGAGUGCCUGAUCGUGUCCUCGUUCAGUGCUUUUGUUUCUUUCUUUGUUAUUAGUUUCGGGUAUGCGGGUUUGACCUUAAGACAGCCUCUUGUGCCUGUGCAAAUAUAGUGUGGUCAACAACCUAUCUCUGCCGGUUUUGGUUUUUAGCUUCUUUCCAUCUCUCCUGAAAUCUGCUGUCUCCAAUGUAUCCCCCCCACACCAUGUUUUAUGGUAGAUAAUAGGGAACUCCACCCAUACAUUCUCUUGUUUCCUGGUUAGCAAGUGACAAAAGGGAUUCUUUUUUGGUACUUUAAUUAUAUUGGAAUUUUUGCUUUAGUUUU